UUGGCAAUACUGUAGACUAUCGGCAAUCGAAUCAGUCAGUCAUUUCAUUAAUUGAAGGAAUUUGUGUAACGGAGUAGGAUCUGGUAAUUUCUAUUGUCGGCUUGCAAAAUUAAGUUCCAGAAAGUUUUUUGAACAAAGGCACUAUUUCGGUGGAGAUCGCCAUAUUUGCCAUAUUAUUGCAGAUAUCGCAUUACGACGUGCCUGACGUGCCUGUGUCCAGCGAUUAAGUAAAGUAUUGACUUUGUAAUUGUGUAUAAAAGAAUUUCUUUGGAAAUUGCAUCUACGCAACACGAUGAAGUCAGUACCUUUGUUGAAUUCUCUUUUGGUGCUUUGCUUGUUCUUAGGACUUUGUUUUGUCCCGUUUAACUGUGAAGGAACAGAGGCUGUGAAUAAAAAUGAUCUAACUUCCAAAGUUAAUGGCGCGACAUUAGCAACUAACAAGGAUAAUACAGAUGUCGUACUUGAGAACCCAACACCGGAUAAAACUGUGACAACUCAAUCUUCUAAUAAUGGGUCUUCAAGUGGAUUUCAAACAACUCUAUCCGAGACGGCAACGAUUCCCUUAACGACCACAACACCCUCUAACAAUUCAACAGUAACUACUUCUAGUAUGCCUAAUCGCACCACUUCAACAACUUCUACCACUACAGUCGCUCCAACUGCUUCUACCACCAAUACUACUACUACAACUAUAGCUCCUACAACAUCCACAACGGCGCCGCUUACUACAACUACAGUAGUUCCGAACCCUGAACCUUGCCAUCGUUUUGAUGGACCAUCUUUCAUAGGAGGAAUCGUAUUAACUUUAGGUUUGUUAGCUAUAGGCGUAGUCGCCUAUAAAUUUUACAAAGCUCGCAAUGAGCGCAAUUACCAAACCCUUUGAGCCGCCACUGCUUUUACAUCCGCCUUUAAUGAGGUCUCUAGCGCUGCAUCAGCUGCCUCUAAUUCAACUGGAAACGAUGCUGAACGAGUUCGAUUUGUGCAGCCAAGUAUACCAUUGCGUUCCCCACCAUCGCCGCCACCACCGCCUCCACAGCAGCACCAACAGCAGCAAAUAAACCAAUCUUCACCUUCGGCCCAUGAAAGGCUCCUACAAACGUAAUUCAUUUAUCUAAGCAUAAAGUCAUAGCAUCAAGUUCAAUUUUUCUCAAGUAUAGUCUAUUCCUUAAUCGUUUACCCCAUGAAAGUACGUUUUGCUAUAAUGUCAUAUUUAGAAAAAUAUUAGGGCCUUCAAAUUUGUAGUUUUUCGUUUGUAUUUUCCUCUUGUCUUUUUUAAUUUA